ACGGCACAAAGUGGGAGGAGAGGUAAAGACAACGAUUCUUGACGGCUGCCCCUAUCUGCAUCCCCCCCCUCACCCCCCAUAUCAUUCUGUGCUCACCUUUAGAGCAGUGCGUUUGGGUUUUUUGGGGGCUUUUCUUCUUAUUCAUCUAUAGGCACAUCUGCAAGGCGAGUCGUUAAAAGGGGUUUACAAAUUGUCCACUUCGGUGCGGACAAGGCAGAGAGGAGGGUGAGGGCUCACUUGGCCUCGCUGGACCCCUCUGCGACGAUGACUAUGAACCGGCUAGAAGAGUUUGCCUUCAGGCAGCACCUGGUGGCCAUGCGCAGUGGCACGCUGACCACUCAAGAUCGCUCCGUGUCCAGCAGCCGCAUGGAGGCGCUGGGGAACGGCACGAGGAGCAAGGGCGAAUGUUUCCAGCAGCAGCAGCAGAGCAACGGCAGUUCUCUCCGGCAAGACUCUCUGGAGGCGUGCACCAGCUUGCUUCAGCACGAGGUCCAGCGCUGCGAGGAUCUUCUCAAGCGCGCUGACACGUACCUGCAGGCUGACAUUCGGCGCGUGGAGACGGGCCACCAGCCGUGGCACAUGGCUGAGACGGACGAGUGCCUCUGGGAGGCGGAACAGCUCGUGCAGAACCUCUACCAGGAGGCCCACGUGCUCACCGAACGGCAGCACCCGCACUCCGAGUGCCUGAAGGCCAGGAUCGGCAGCCUGCGUGGGGAGCUGCAGGUGUUGCAAGAGCACCGCGCGCGCCUGCAGCCCCAGAACGGCACGCGGAGCCCCAUGAAGAUGCGCGAGGCCAUCCUGCACACGGGGCAGCGUUUCAAGGGCAAGGGCAGACAGCGAGUGGCGGGCGAGUCAGAGACCAUGCAGUUCAUCACGGAGCUGCUCGUCUGGGUGGAGCGCAGCGAGGUUCACAUUGAGAAUAUCAGAUGGGGAGAUAGCAAGGCAACUGUGGAAUCUCAGUUCCAGAGCCACACGGACCUGCACAAUAUGAUCGAAGCCAUCGGAGAGCGGGUGGAGGAGGCCAAACUUCUCGAGGCAUCUGUGCCCCAGUCUUACAGACGCAAGUACCAGGAGGCACUGCAGGCACUGAUCUCCAAAUACUCCAGCUUGAUGGACAUCUCAACGAGCUACAUGAAGGAUGUGAGCAAGCUGGACGACUUCAUCGGCCGUGCCACCGCCGAGCUGAUCUGGCUCAACCAGCACGAGGAGCGCGAGAUCGCCUAUGACUGGAGCGACCGCAGCCUGCCCAAUCUCGCUGCCAAGAAGGACUCCCACUCUGAGCUGCUCAAGGAGAUGGAGAGGAAGGAGAUAACCAUCAACCGCAUCCAGGGUCUGGGCAACCAGAUGCUGCAUGACAACCACCCUGCCGUAGACACCAUCGAGGGGUUCAUGGGGGCUCUUCAGACCCAGUGGAGUUGGCUUUUGCAGCUCAGGCAAUGUAUCGAGGUGCAUCUUCAAGAGAACACGACAUAUCAGCAGUUCUUUAGCGAUGCCAAGGAAGCAGAGCUGUUCCUCAAGAGGCAGCACGAGGUCAUUCGCCAGAAGUACACGUGCGACAAGCACGCAAGCCUGGAGCACGUGGAGCAGCUGCUGCAGAAUCUGGCGGACGAGAGAGACUCCUACAUGAAUUACAGACAAACGGUGGCCAACGUCGCCGGCCGAGCCAAAAGCGUCGUGCAGCUGAAGCCGCGUCACCCCGACCACCCCGUGCACGGCGCCCUGCCCAUCAAGGCCCUGUGCGAAUACAAACUCGACGAGAUGAUGAUCGCCCCUGACGAUCAGUGCAUUCUGAUGGACAACUCUCGCCGCGUCACUUGGAGGGUGAUCGGGCCGGGCGGGCGCGAGGUCGCGCCGCUGUCGCUCUGCUUCAUCAUCCCGCCCAUCAACAAGGACGCUCUGGAGAUGGCAAACAGGAUUGACCACCUCUACGAAGGCAUCCUCACCCUGUGGUGCCAAGUAACCAUCAGCCUCAAGUGCCUGCUGUACUGGCGCUACAUGCUGAGAGACAUGGGCAAGAUCUACUCGUGGAGCGUGCAGAAGAUGCCUUCGCACGACGAGUACUGCCGGCUCAUCGCGAGCCUCGAGUCGCACUACGAGAACUUCGUCAAGUUCAGCCAGGACGCCCAGAUGUUUGACAUCAACGACAUCAACCAGAUCAAGGUGGAGUUUGGUCAGGCGCUCAAGUACGCGAGCGACGUGGACCCGCAGACGUGCGUGUCGCAGACGACGCAGCGCCAAACGGUGCCAGUGCUGGUGACGGAGCCAACCAUUACUCUGCCACCGCCACCUCCUCCGGCACCUCUACGUGACAUCGUCCCGGAGGUGCAGCUCCUGCUGCAGAAUUUGCAGCGCAUAGAGGAGACGGUCGGACAGCUGUCGAGCACGCCGCUGCCUGGCUACAACCUCUCCCGCGAGGUCGACGACAAGAUGUCCCAGUACCAGAAUGUGUGCUCCGAGGCAGAGGUGGCACGCUCCAGACUCGAGCGCCUGUACCAGUACCCGCCCGACUCGCUGGGCUACUCGGAGCUCAGCAGUGCCAGCCAGAGGCUGGAACAGCUGAUGCGCCUUCUGGAGAAAUGCCAUCAGCAACUCAAGGGACUGGGGGGGCUGGUUCGCUGCCUGGGGGAGGUGGAAUCGCAGGUGGAACUGUUUGAAGGCCGCCUUGUGGAGAGCGUCUGUGUUCCCGUCAGCCACCCCGGCAUCCAGUCGCACGUCACCCUGCUCAAGCAAUGGGUCUCCGAGGUGGAGCAGAAGGGCUGGUUGCUGCAGCGGCUGCAGGAGGAGCUGCAGAAGGCCGGGGACUUGCUGGGCGGCGGUGGUGGCGGCUGUGGGCGGCCUUCUAAGCAGGGCUCGCACCGCGGCGGCCAGGAGCUGGGCCGACACGUGCGCAGGGCCGAAGAGCUGACCCAGCGAUGGCACAUGCUCCACGAGCAGAUGGGAGUCAGGCUGCGGGACAUGGAGCGCCUGGGCGCGCGGCUCCUGCCCACCUUCCAGGACAGGCAGCGCUCGCUGAGCCGCUGGCUCGACGAUGCGUCCGCACGCAACGACCGCCUGCAGCUGCCGGCCGCUGCGAGCGACGCGGCCUCGCUGGACGAGGGCAUCCGGCAGCAGACGGCGCUGGUGAGUGAUCUGGAACGCAACAAAGCCAAAGUGGAUGAAUUGCACACGUUCUCAGAAGACUGCAUCAAGUCUAUCAAGGAGUACGAAGGCCACCUGGCCGCCUACCGCAACGUCGUGCAGAAGUUCCAGAACAAACACCUGGAGAUGCAGCACGAGUGCAUGGCCGACACCAUCGAGAAGGAGUACAAGGACAUAUUCAAUCGCUAUAAUGAGCUGCUCAACGCCAGUGCUCAGCAGCUGCUGGUCACUCGCCGGAAGAUCAACGAGACCGACCAGGAGUUCUUCCUCAAGGCCAAAGAGGCUGAGAUCUUCCUCAAGGAGAUGCUCGACUCCCAGCGCAGGAAGUACGGCUGCGACAAGUGCAUGAGCUUCUCUCGCCUGGAGGUGCUGGUGCGCGAGGCGGAGGGCGAGGCGGAGAAGAUAGCGAGGGAGCGCCACUCCGUGGACUCGCUGCAGAAGCAGAGCAAGACCCCCAAGCACCAGGACGCCGUGGACAGGAUCGAGCGGCUGUACCAGCAGAUCCAGGAGGCGUGGAGGCAGGUGGAGCUGAAUCUGCAGAGCUUGCUGGCCUGGCACCAGCUGCAGAAGGCGGUGGCCACCAUCUCGGGGUGGACCCUGCCCACGAUCCAGACGUUGCGCAAGGAGGAGCUUGACGGGGCCAUACAGAACCUCGACUCCCAGUACAACACGUUCGUGAGCAAGAGCCACGGGUCAGAGAUCAUCCUUCCGGACGAUUGCGCGCAGUCGGAGGGCGAUGUCAGGGGCUGCAAGCAGCACUACCACAUGCUUCUCACCCGCCUCACGCAAGUGUGCCGCGAGGAGGAGCUGUGCCACGACAGCCUCUCUCGCCUGCGGGAGUUCAUGCGUCUGGCGGACGGAUUCCGUGAGCAGAUCCUGCAGCGCGUGCGCGCCCCGUUGGAGCACAACGCGGCCCAGGACAUCUCCACGCGCAUCUUCGAGCAGGAGAGGCUCGACUGCGAAGUUCGCAGCCUGCGAGACACGGCGCUGCGCGUGGGGGCGGCCUGCGUGGAGGAGCACGCCCAGCCCUCGUCCUGCCCCCUCCUGCCCGGCCUGGAGGCCGACCUGGCCGAGGCCUCGCGCCACCUCGACCUCAUCGUCAGCCUCUCCGCCGACUGCCGCGACGACCUCAAGUGCCUCGAGGUGUUGGUGAAGGGCUGCCAGGAGGCGGAGGAGGUGGUGGGGACACUGGAGAGCGAGCUGCUCAAGUCCGACGUGGUGCCGGGCGACCGCGAUGAGGCCGACCGCAUGCGCUCCUGCCUGCAGCAGAGGCAGAGCGAGGUGGCGACGGCGAAGGAGUCGGCGUUCGCGCGUCUGGAGCGCGAGCUGCAGGCCGCCAGGGAGGUGAACGAGCGCCUGGCGCGCCACCACGGGGAGCGCGACCCCAAUGUGGAGCGCUGCCGCGAGCACGUGGAGCAGCUGCUGGAGCGCUGGAGGAGCGUGCGGCACCACCUGGACGGACGCGUGGGGCAGCUGGCGGAGCUGGGGCAGCUGCUGCACAGCUACGCACAGAGCUCGGGGAGCCUGACGCGCUGGCUGGACGACGCGUCGCGUCGCCACGAAGCCAUGCAGGGAGCCCUGCACGGCGACGAUGGCCAUGAUCUCAAGAACCUCAUAUUGGACAUUCAGAGCAAACAGCAGAUGAUGGACGAAUGUCAGAAGAUCUGCGAGCAGUGCUGCUCUGACCUCAAGGACUACGAGGUGCUGCUUCUGACCUACAGGACACUCGUUGAAAAGUUCCAGCCCAACUUCUACCGCCGGAACAAGAUCUCCUCCCCCUCCGAUCGCAUCACGCAGGACUACAUCAACCUACGCACCCGCUAUAACGAAUUGCUGGCGACCACAAACCAGGCCUUGCAAUUUGAGUUCUUGGCGGAGGCGCACGAGCUGGAAGAAGGCCUGAAGAGCGUGCAGGAGACCCUGAGGAGGGCGGCCACUGAGAAGCCAGGCAGCCUGGCUCGCCUCGACCAGCUGCUGCUCGACAUGGCCGUGGUGCAUCAGCGUCUGCAGGAAACCAAGCCCCGCGUGGGACUGCUUCCCGGCCGAGCCAAGAGUAAGGACCAACAGGAGAAGGCCCACAGACUCCAGCAGCUGCAUGCAGAACUCUUGGUUCAGUGGGAGCGCCAGUCGGCAGGGCUGCAGGGCCACCAGGUGAUCCAGCGUCUGCAGGAUGACAUUUGCACCGUCACCAGCUGGAACGAGCACUCGCUGAAGUUGGUCCCGGAGCACGAGCAGUCGCGCGUCAUGGCCUCGCUGGAGAAGCAUCUGGCCGAGUUCACGGCGGCGGCGCAAGCGGGCGGCUGGGUGGGAGUGGGCGAGCGCUUCAAGGUGGAGAAGGACGCCGAGACGGCGCGCCAGCACUACCAGGCGCUGCUUGGCAAACUCCGCCGAGAGUCCGAAGAGGAGCAGCGUCUGCAGGAGCUCGUGAGGCAGCUGAGCAGGAAUCGGCAGAAGAUGGAGGACUUUGAGAGGCUCAUUGUCCAGAAGAUCCACGUGCCGGUCACCCGCUGCUCGGAAAAUGCCCAGCGAAUCUCAGAGUUGCAGAGGGUCCACCAGGACGUGGAGGGUUUGCGAGCAUCGCUGGAGGACGUGCGCUCCCCGGGUCUCGGGGGCCCCGGCCCCGCUUCCCUGGCCCCAGAGCUGGGCGCUGCCUCCCAGAGGCUCCACCAGAUCCUGAACCUCUCGUCCCACGCCACUUCAGAGGUGCAGGCCCUGCACGUGGCCCUGCAGGACGUGGAGAGCCUGGAGCCGCGCCUCGCCGAGCAGGAGCACAAGCUGGCGGAGGAGAGCGUCGUGCCCGGGGACGUGCCCUCCAUCCUCAAGGCGCUGGACCGCCUCAAGGACAUGGAGCACAGGAAUGCACCAGGAGAAGGAGGGCUUCCCGCGGCUGGAGGGGCACGUGCGGGAGGCGCGCGCCGCCAACGACGAGCUCAUGCACGCGUGCGGCCAGCGAGACCCCAACCCGGACGCGGUGCGGGAGCGCGCCGACGACUUCCAGCGCCGCUGGGCUGCCAUGCGCACCCAGAUCGACAGCAGGAGGCAGAGCCUGGAGCAGAUGCGCGGCAUCCUGCAGGCGUUCCGUGGUAGCCACGAGGAGCUGAACCGCUGGCUGGACUGAGAACUCCAUCUGGCAGGAGAAGAUCCAGCACAUGAAGCCUGACAACUGUCAGGUCAUCAACGACACCAUUGAACAGCUCAAGAAACUCCUGCCGAAGAUCGAAGAGAAUGAAUUGAAGUUGAAUAAGUGCAAGGAGCUAUCGGAGCUGUUUGCGGCCACUCUCAAG